AUGACAAAUUCAAGUUCACCACCAAUUACUCCAUCAACAAACCAUACUUCACCGGCAACGACAUUUUCCAACUAUUACGAUUCAACAAAUGCUGCUGCUGCUGCUGUCGCUGCUGCUGCCUACUAUACUCCGUCAACAAAUCGUUUGAUUCAUCCAACAUCCGCGACAGCACCGUCCUACAAUGUUCACCAGACGAACCCAUAUUCCGGUUAUUCUGACGCUGCUGCAUAUCAUCUACUCUCCCGUCCAUCGGCAGCGGCUUAUUCCUAUGCGAUGUCAACGGUUAAUUCGAAGGAAAAAGCGAAACCGGCGAUGAGUUACAUAGCGUUGAUCACCUCGGCUAUUCAAAAUAGUCCCGAUCAGAAAUGUACUUUAAACGGAAUCUAUCGAUACAUUAUGGAUCAUUAUCCAGUAAGUUUAAACUGCAUGANAGGAAGCUACGAGUUCUAUCAACCACAUAAUCCGAAAUACUGUUAA